GACGCCCUCACUUACCUGGACCAGGUGAAGAUCCGCUUCGGCAGCGACCCCGCUACCUACAACGGCUUCCUGGAGAUCAUGAAGGAGUUCAAAAGCCAGAGCAUUGAUACUCCUGGAGUCAUCAGACGCGUCUCUCAGCUCUUCCACGAACACCCUGACCUUAUUGUUGGAUUCAAUGCUUUCCUUCCCCUUGGAUACAGAAUUGACAUUCCAAAGAACGGCAAGUUAAACAUACAGUCUCCUCUGACGAACCAGGAGAAUUCACACAACCACAGUGACUGUGCAGAGGACUUCAAGCAACAGAUGCCGUAUAAGGAGGACAAACCCCAGGUGCCCUUGGAGUCUGAUUCCGUGGAAUUCAACAACGCCAUCAGCUAUGUGAAUAAGAUUAAGACCCGCUUUCUAGACCACCCAGAAAUCUACAGGUCGUUCCUAGAGAUACUGCACACUUACCAGAAGGAGCAGCUGAACACAAAAGGCCGGCCGUUCCGAGGCAUGUCCGAAGAAGAGGUGUUCACAGAGGUUGCCAACCUCUUCCGGGGCCAGGAGGACCUGCUCUCCGAGUUCGGACAGUUCCUGCCUGAAGCCAAGCGGUCCCUGUUCACAGGCAAUGGGCCGUGCGAAAUGAACAGCGUUCAGAAGAAUGAGCAUGAGAAGAGUCUGGAACACAGCAAAAAGCGCUCCCGGCCUUCGCUGCUCCGCCCUGUGUCUGUGCCAGCCAAGAAGAAGAUGAAACUCCGUGGUACCAAAGACCUGUCCAUCGCAGCCGUGGGGAAGUACGGCACCCUGCAGGAGUUCUCCUUCUUUGACAAGGUCCGCAGGGUGCUGAAAAGCCAGGAGGUGUAUGAGAACUUCCUCCGCUGCAUCGCGCUCUUCAACCAGGAGCUCGUGUCUGGCUCUGAGCUCCUCCAGCUCGUCAGCCCAUUUCUAGGAAAAUUUCCAGAACUCUUUGCACAGUUCAAAUCCUUCCUGGGGGUGAAAGAGCUAUCGUUUGCACCACCCAUGAGCGACAGAUCCGGGGACGGAAUAAGCCGGGAAAUCGACUACGCAUCCUGCAAGCGCAUCGGCUCCAGCUACCGGGCACUCCCCAAGACCUACCAGCAGCCCAAGUGCAGUGGGAGGACGGCCAUCUGCAAGGAGGUCCUGAAUGACACCUGGGUCUCCUUCCCCUCCUGGUCAGAAGACUCCACCUUUGUCAGCUCCAAGAAGACGCCCUACGAGGAGCAGCUGCACCGCUGUGAGGACGAGCGUUUUGAGUUAGAUGUCGUCCUGGAGACCAACCUGGCCACCAUCCGGGUGCUGGAAAGCGUGCAGAAGAAACUCUCACGCAUGGCACCCGAAGACCAGGAGAAGUUCCGGCUGGAUGACUCCCUGGGGGGCACGUCGGAAGUUAUCCAGCGGCGCGCCAUCCACCGCAUCUACGGCGACAAGGCCCCAGAGAUCAUUGAGAGCCUCAAGAAAAACCCCGUCACUGCUGUCCCAGUCGUCCUGAAAAGGCUGAAAGCCAAGGAGGAGGAGUGGCGGGAGGCCCAGCAGGGCUUCAACAAGAUCUGGCGGGAGCAGUAUGAGAAGGCGUACCUCAAGUCCCUCGACCACCAGGCCGUGAACUUCAAGCAGAAUGACACCAAGGCCCUGCGCUCUAAGAGUCUGCUCAAUGAGAUCGAGAGCGUCUAUGAUGAGCACCAGGAGCAGCACUCGGAGGGCCGGAGCGCGCCCUCCAGUGAGCCACACCUGAUCUUCGUGUAUGAGGACCGGCAGAUCCUGGAGGAUGCGGCAGCCCUGGUCAGCUACUAUGUGAAGCGGCAGCCAGCCAUCCAGAAGGAGGACCAGGGCACCAUCCACCAGCUGUUGCACCAGUUCGUGCCCAGCCUCUUCUUCUCCCAGCACCUGGACCUGGGGGCGUCCGAGGAGUCAGCUGACGAGGACCGGGACAGCCCCCAGGGGCAGAGCGUGGACCCUGGCGAGCGCAAGAAGCCAACACCGGGGCCACAGAGCAGCCCCCCGGAAGAGAAGGGGCCCUUCGGGGACACACCAGCCACCGAGCAGCCACCGCCACCGCCGGCACACAAGCCCCUGGACGAUGUCUACAGCCUCUUCUUUGCCAACAACAAUUGGUACUUCUUCCUGCGUCUGCACCAGACCCUGUGCUCGAGGCUCCUGAAGAUCUACCGCCAGGCGCAGAAGCAGCUCCUGGAGUACCGGACCGAGAAGGAGAGGGAGAGGCUGCUCUGCGAGGGCCGCAGGGAAAAGGGCAGUGACCCCGCCAUGGAGCUGCGACUCAAGCAGCCGAGUGAGGUGGAGCUGGAGGAGUAUUACCCGGCCUUCCUGGACAUGGUGCGGAGCCUGCUAGAAGGGAGCAUUGACCCCACGCAGUACGAGGACACGCUGCGCGAGAUGUUCACUAUCCACGCCUACAUAGGCUUCACCAUGGACAAGCUGGUGCAGAACAUCGCGCGGCAGCUGCACCACCUGGUGAGCGAUGACGUCUGCCUGAAGGUGGUGGAGCUCUAUCUGAAUGAGAAGAAGCGCGGGGCCGCUGGUGGCAACCUGUCCUCCCGCUGUGUCCGUGCUGCCAGGGAGACCAGCUACCAGUGGAAGGCCGAGCGGCGCAUGGCUGACGAGAACUGCUUCAAGGUGAUGUUUCUCCAGCGCAAAGGGCAGGUGAUCAUGACCAUCGAGCUCCUGGAUACCGAGGAGGCCCAGACAGAAGACCCUGUGGAGGUCCAGGUGAGGAACUCAGCCCUGCAGCCCACGCUGUGUGCAUGCCACAGGCAGUGGCUCCCACUGCGAGAGCCCCAUGGACAAGCCAGCCAAGCACAGACCAUGCUGUGAAGUUGCACUCUCUAGGAGGGGAGUCACCUCCCUCCCCAUACCAGAUGACUCCUCAGGAGCCAGCAGGGUGUGUCCCAGGGCAGGAGGCAGGAUGAGAGCCAGGCCACCUUCCCCUGGGCCCUGGCUCCCUCUCCAGGGCAUCCCCUCCGUGUGUGAUCCCUGCACUCCCAGUGUCU